AUGGACAUGCCGGACUUCUCGAGCGGACGGUCACCGCGGAGAGAGAUCCAACUCCAGGGACCCCGGCCGGCACCUCUCAAAGUAAGUAAAGACUCACACAAGAUCAGAAAACCUCAUUUGGCACCACCACAACAGCCUCAACCACAAGCUCAACACCGGCCACCGGUGAUAAUCUACACAGUCUCUCCCAAGGUAAUUCACGCCAAACCUAGUGAGUUCAUGACAUUGGUGCAACGUCUCACCGGCCCAUCGCCGGAUUUGUCUUCAUCUCCGGCCACUUCAUCGUCUUAUUUUCAAGAUAAUAAUGGUGCAAUAUCGCCGGCGGCUCGGUUUGCUUCCACAGAAAAAACUAAGUCCCCACAAGGGAAGAGACCACAAAAUGGUGAUGUGGGCAUGGUUGAAGGGAUAGAGAUAAGCACAGAGGUGGAGGGAACGGCGUCGUUUCCGGGUAUUUUGUCCCCUAAUCCUUCUUCUCUUCCGACCAUCCCACCAAACUUUUUCUCUCCUUCAUCUACAGAUCCAAAUUCUCUAAGCUUUUUUUAUGAUUUGAGCCCUGUGUUACAAGGUAAUAGGAAUUACACAGAGGGUAGUUUCAUGCCUAGUCCUUCCAAUUUUCUCUCUCCUAACCUAACUUCCCCAACACCGCCUCUAGAUUUCUUUAACAAUUUCUUAGAUUUUUAA